CGAGUCACGUGAUCAUUUCCCAAGCGGAGUUUCCACGACAGCUGGAAGCCGAGCGGCACAGGCGCAUCGCUUCUUUGCUAAAAUUAUUGGAAAUAACAAGACUUCUGCUCGUCUCAGCACCUCCAGAUAAACCCUGGUCUGGCAUGGGCGACAAGAGGAGUCCCACAAGGCCGAAGCGUCAACCGAAGCCCUCCUCCGACGAGGGGUUUUGGGACUGCAGCGUGUGCACGUACAAGAACACAGCAGAGGCUUUUAAGUGCAUGAUGUGUGAUGUCAGGAAGGGGACGUCAACAAGGAAGCCUCGUCCCGUCUCCCAGCUCGUCUCGCAGCAGCAGGUAACGCAGCAGUUUGUGUUGCCCUUGCAGCCCAAAAAGGAGAAGAAGGAGAGAGUAGAGAGGGAGAAGAGCGACAGAGAGCCGGCGCUCAAGAAGAACAGUCACAAGAAGAUGAGGCCGAGGUUAAAAAACAUUGACCGGAGCAGCGCCCAGCACCUGGAGGUGACGGUUGGGGACCUGACAGUCAUCAUAACGGACUUUAAGGAGAAGGCCAAGCCCUCGUCCACCUCGGCUACGCCAUCCAGCACCGCGUCUACGGCCGACCACCACAGCCAGAACGGCUCCAGCUCAGAGAACACAGAGAAGGGGCUUUCCCGCUCCUCCUCUCCCAGAGGAGAGGGGAGCUCGGUCAACGGAGAGUCCCACUGAGUCACCCGCCCUCGAAAUCUCCCUCUGCCUCCAACCCCAUCUCAUCUGCAAGCCCACAGGUCACUGGUGGGACACCCUGCCUCGACUUUAGAGCUGCACAUUAUUGACUAAAACAGUUUUGCUUUCUUUCUUUUGGAUAUUACAAUUUGGCGAUUUUAAAUCAGUUUAAUAUUCUCCACAGCAGUGGAAUCCUGCAUUUAGAAAGCAAUAUAAAAAGACCUUUUUGCUCCAUCUUUGAAGUUUUUAGUGACCUACAUUUUCACUUGGACAUUUAGUGUAAUCGAAAGGAUCCCGCACGCUGUCCAAACCUUGCUACAAGAACAUUUACUAAGACAAUUUUAUUUUGACAAAGAACUUCCUCAGAACAGAUCUGAGAUGUCUGAAUAAAUGUUUGGACAAGCUUAAUGGCCCUGUGCGGUUCCUUUCGGAUGCACCUGCCUGUCCAGGUGUUUCUUUUUCUUUUGUUUUUAUACUUUUGUUAAACGAAAUGUGCAGCCCCCACCCUCGACAUUACCUUCAGCGGCCAGCAGAGUGACCUAUUCUUCCCCCAUGUGGAAUCUUCAUCCUCUGUCUGGAAUCUUUACCUAGCCGUUAUAAACCUGAACCACCUAUUACGCGCUCUCAGUGUCCCUACACUGAAUCUUCAACCUCUCAGCAAACCUUUGCUCCUGCACUCGAUUACUCCAAGCUUUUACUUGUGGACUGCCUCUGCUGUGGAGUGACUUUUGACAUAGCACAGCGGCUGUACUCUGACUGGCACCGUUUGGUGUUUUGGGGUAAUGUUUGGAGCAGGUUGUUUAGUUCAGGUAAUGCUCGUUAUGUCCAUAUAAAAAGGGACAUUGGGCAGGUUUUGAUAAAAGCCCUCUUUUAAAUGGUGCGGGAACAUAUAGUUUGUGAUUUUAAAAGGAAAAUGCCGGUGUUUUUUGUUUUCAGUUUGUGCCAUUGAUCUACGUCUACAUGUCAUGUUGGAGAUAAAAAAAUCAAGGUUUUGUUUUUCUAUCUUUGCAGCCAUUAAUUUUGUACCACUAACUUGCAUUAAGUGAUAUUUUUGAUAUGUUAAAAGCUAAAUAUAUUGAGAAGUAGCAAUUAGCAACCCAAAAACUGCAGUCCCUCAAAUGGCCACUUGAGGCUGGCUGGUGGUUUAUUCUAUAGCUAAUUUCCCUAUUCAUGACAACUGUACGGAGAGUGGAUUUUUAUAUUACUGGUCCAUUUAAAUUAUAUAAGUUAUGCAUGAUUAAGGGCUUGGCUGCCAGGUGACCGGUGGGUGCCAUCACAGGUGGCUAGCUCAGCAACCAGGCUUCUUCGGCCCGCCUCAGCUCCACCUCUUGCCCAUUUUUGGAUUAGCCGGCAGCAGGCAGAGUCAGGCAUUGCCAAGAUGGCGAAGGCCGCACUAAGCUUCACAAUGGCUCUUCAGGAAUCUGCUGUAUGUGUGAGGUCACAGAGGCUACGUCCAUGUUCUAUACAGUCUGUGGUUCUAUGGACCCUCACAUAGACAAACCAUAAACUAUCCAUGUUCAGCAAACCAGCUCAAACAAGCUGUUAACACUAUCUGGCCAGCAUGAAAUCACAGAAGAUUGAAGUUUCUGGAAAAGAAAGUCUUUAAAUGAGUCAAUAUUGUGCUAGUAUUGGUCAGAAGACCAAAAACACUAAUGCAAAGGGAUUUUAAUGUUGGUAUCUGUCUGCUAGAUGUGCAAGUAGGCUGCUAAAGGUACAGCUAAAAUCCUGUCUCUCAGGGCUUUGUUUCUUUGAAUUGAUUCUGCAGUCUUGCUGUACCCUCCUGCUAUCAAAAAGAUCACUUAAUGCAACUUUAAGAAUUACCUAAGCUUUGUAAUAAUUUUCAGUCACACUUUAUCUGUCACAUUGUAAGUACAUGAUGUACAUGGCUCCCACAGAAUGAAAUAUAUAUAUACGCUCUUCCACGUUCUUCAUACAUCAUAGUUCUGCUUGCAUUUGGCAUGCUUAUUUUUUCUUUUCUUUGUUUCAGAGAUGAAAAAAAAGAAGAGUUGAUGGCAAAAUGUCAACUAAAUGUAGAUGAUAGUUAAGGGACUGUCACUUUAAAUGACACCGGCAUUCUCCUUUUAAUCUCUGCUGCACACACAGGGCUGCACCUGCUCAGCGUCACAGUGGAAAACCAGAGGGUGCUCAUGCUGUUCUGCCCCCACUGUGAACCCAGUGUGGAGACUGCAUGGUGCUUCCACAACAGAAAAGGAGCUUUGACUUCUGGACGUGCAGUUAUCAACUGCAUAAGGUGAUGGACUUCAGAAACUGUUUAAAUUCCUCCAUUUUGACGUAGCAAAGUGGGGGAGCUUUAGAAUAUACUAAACCCCCAGCAGAACAACUAUAGAUCAACCUAACUACACAAUAAUGUAUGAAACCUGUAGAAUACUACACAGAUAAAAUGGAUAUUUCUAAAAUAUUGUACUACAAUGUUUUGAUGUGGUUGUAUUAUCCAUCAUAGCAGUGUUAUAGUUGAGAUUUUUACUUUAACAUUUUAGCACAGAUCCUGAGAACUGUCAUGGCAUGAUAAUAUUAUGGUCUCUGUAUAUUGUGGGACAGGCUAUGUCUCUUAGUUUGUUAGCAUUGUCAUAUGUGUCAGAGAUCUCAUAGGUUCACCACACUAGCUGGGACUAGCUGGGGGGACUCGUGAGAAAUGUUUGGAUGGACGUUUGUUAUUUGGUUGUGGCAAAAAUGGAAAGACACUUAAAAACAUGUUGGUUGUCACCUGUUGAUAUUAUUUUGUUUUGCUUUGCCAUGCUCAAAUUGUUUUGAAAUGUGUGAACUUGUUUAUUACAUGUCUGAAUAAGAAAAUAAGAAAAUUCAAACAAAAGAAAUCAUUUUACUUUUUGUAAUUAGGUGCAUGCAUUGCUUACACUUUUGUGUUGUCACUGGUUUGCUAAUCUAGGCUUUUUCUAAGCAGAGGAGGAGUGCUUGUUGUGUUUUCAGCUCCAUCUGGUGAACGACUUAACUGCUACUUAUCCUCAACACAGAACCAUAGACACAGAACAUGCAGGCUUACAGAUCAGGCCCAUAAUGCAACUCUGCAUACAUUGAAAAUGGUGAAUAUCCAUGUAAUGACAUAAGUAUAUAGGCCUACAGUAUUUAUGAGCAUAAGGUAUGGUUUACACACUAACAACCACUACAUCAGUCAAUAACCUAAUUUUCCCACACUAAAUGAAAAUGCAGUUGACGGUCAGGUCUGUUCUAGUGGAGCAACAUCAAUAAAGACGAAUAAAGCCAUGAA